AUGCCGUCCGUCCACGACGCCGCGGUUGCCCAGUGGCACCAGGCCGGGGAGGCCGCGCUCGCCGAUACUUCGGGCGCUCGCAUUUCCGCAUCUCUCUCUCACUCCUGCGUCUCUCUCUCCCCUGCGUUGCGCCGAGCCCGUCACCGGCCUGCCGGUCGCCGCCGAGCUCCCGCCGCCGGCCGCCGCGCCCCUGCUGCCGCCUGCUGCGCCGCACAGCACCGCAGCCACCGCCGAGCUGCCGCUGCGCCGCGCCACCGUCCGCAGCGCGCCGCCGUCGCGCCGGACCAGCGCGCGCCGCCGCCGUGCACGCCGGGUCUGCGCCGCUGUUGGCUGCCAUGCAACGUCGAGCUAGCAGCUAGAGCCGGCCGAAGCAGCCAGCGCCGAGCGAAGGAAGCCAGGAAGAAGAAGGAAGAAAAGAAAAGAAAGAAGGAGAAAAGGAAAAAAAAAGGAAAGAAAAAAAAAGAAGAGGAAAAAAGAGGGAAAAGUUGGAAAUUUUGGAAUUUCGUCGGAUUCAUCGUCAAUCUUUCGAAGGCGAAUUCUUGGUGGUGCAACCUCACGUCACGACUAGUGCCCGGCUUCAUCGUCGGUAAAGGUUCCUUUUGAGAUGUCAAUCGCUUGCGGGAUGGGUAGCUACACGUUGCCUGCGCGUUCACCUUCUCGCUUGGGCUAAACUUGAUGUCCUGUUAGAUAUUGUCUUUUGCCCUGUAAUGUAUAUACUGAGUUUGAUGGUGGUUCAGUUGUUUGGUCGAGGCUUGUAUCUCGUUUGCUAGGAUCAUUAUUUUGCUAGUGUGAUAUUCUAUAUCUGUUCUGUCUGAUUUGUUGUUGCCUGUUAUACCUCCACUUUCAGGGGAGAUGCUGCUGAAAUUUUUCUCUCAACUUUUGGCAGAUUUUUUUGAGGUUGGCCUAGGUGACAUUCCGGACUUGUUUUGGUCCCCGGGUAUCACACUGCAGCUCUACAGCUCGUCGUCUACGUCAGAAAAUGGAAAUGCAGGUGCACCGGCACCAGAUCAUGGCACGCCGGAGCGUGUACUUGCAAGCUUUCGCCUCCCGCGCAGCAAUAGAAACAACACUACAAAUGGGCAAAGGGGAUAACAACUGCAGUUCGCAACACAACAAAGCAAUGCCUUCUAGUAGUUUUAACUCUGUCCCAAAUUCAUAGGCAAUUGUGGAAGCUUAGUGCUUCAAUCUGAACAAAUUCGCAGGGAAUUUGAAGCGCAACGAUCUUCGCACUACACUGCACACCGUGAACCGGCUCUCUCUUAUUCUUGUAUGCAUACAUCUAGAGGGGGGUUGCACGCCCUGCCUGCUGCCUGGCACACUGUGACACAGCCUGCGCACGGCUCCAGAAGAUGCUGUUCUAGCAAGCGUUGGGGAGGUCCGUCGACGCCUUUCAAGCUACACUUGCAGACUUGCUCGCCGUCCUGCUAAAUCUCAGCACAGCUCUUGCCGCGCUGUUCUUCAUCUGCAAUAUGCAGUGUACUAGGGACUGUAAGCUUGCAGAAUGCAGAUAUCCAAAGGGGAAGAAUAAGUGGAUAGACAAGUUUUUUAGAUUAAGGUAGUUUAUUUCAUAAAGUAAAUAAAAGUGUUCCGAUCUCUACA